CAUCAGCAGGGUGAAGGUUUGGCCCGGCUCCUGGUUUCCUCCUCCAGAAUAAAACCAUGAGGUGCAGCCUGCGCAGCGCUGUGUCUGCGGAGACGCUCCCGUUGUCCUCCUGCAGGAGCUCCACACAGCUGAUCCACUAGACCGCUGACCUCCUGUCCGAGCAACAACGCAGGAUCCGGCCACAGGGAAGGCAAAGGAAGGGAGGAAGGGAGAAAUAAAGCGCAGCCUCCUUGCGUUAUGUUGGGGAACAGAAAGAAAGCAGCUCCGGGGGGGAAGAACGGAGCCGGGACGUCUAAGGCCAUCGACCCCCUGAAGAACCUGGGAGUGCAGGAUGAUGAAGAUGUGAAGCGGAUGUUGCAGGGAUCCAGUAUGGUAAAGGUACGCUCGCCUCGCUGGCAGAAGCGACGAACUCUGAAGCUGCUGGAAGACGGCGUCACUGUCUGGUGUCAGUCCCACAAAACCUCCAGCCGGGCCAAGGAGCAACAAUCCUUUUCAGUCAUGGAAGUGGAGUGCAUUCGUGAGGGUUGCCAGUCAGAGAUGUUGCGGCAGAUGGUCGGCUCAGUACCGGAGGGCCGGUGUUUGACAGUGGUUUUCAAAGGGCCCCGCAAGAGUCUGGAUCUCCUCUGUCAGAGCCAGGAGGAGGCUCAGCACUGGGUCCGCGGCAUCCGAACCCUGCAGGAGAGGGUGGACAACAUGACCCAGAAGGAAAAACUUGACCACUGGAUUCAUGCUUACUUGAGUCGAGCCGACCAGAACCAUGAUGAUAAAAUGAGCUAUGAGGAAGUCCAGACACUGCUGCAGAUGAUCAACAUUGACCUGAGUGACCAGUAUGCCCGCAGCCUCUUCCAGAAAUGUGAUCAGUCCGCUGACGGUCGCCUGGACCAUGGGGAGAUUGAAGUUUUCUGCAGGGAGUUGUUACGGAGACCGGAGAUAGAUGCUGUGUUUAUCCGCUACUCUGCAAAUGGCUGUGUACUUUCCACUGUGGACCUUAGGGAUUUCUUCAUGGACCAGGGGGAGGACGCUUCCCUCAUCCAUGCCCAAAGCGUCAUACUCACCUAUGAACUUAAUGAGUGGGCCCAGAGGAACCAGUUCAUGACCCCCAAUGGUUUCACCAUGUACAUGCUCUCUAAGGAGAACUGUGUAUUUAACCCGGAGCAUGCUAGGGUUUACCAAGACAUGAAACACUCACUGGCACACUACUUCAUCUCCUCCUCUCACAAUACCUACCUCACUAAGGACCAGCUGACCGGGGAGAGCAGCACAGAGCCAUAUAUCCGAGCCUUGAAUCAUAGCUGCCGCUGUGUGGAGCUGGACUGUUGGGAUGGAGAUAAAGGAGAGCCAAUCAUAUACCAUGGACACACACUCACCUCCAAAGUGCCCUUUGUCGAGGUCAUUGAGACCAUCAAUGAAUAUGCUUUUAAAGCAUCUCCGUACCCUCUGAUCCUGUCCCUGGAGAACCACUGCUCCGUGGAGCAGCAGACAGUAAUGGCUCGACACCUACGAUCCAUCCUGGGAGACAAGCUGCUCACUAAGCCCGUCAGUGAUCUGGAUCCUCACAAGCUGCCCUCUCCAGAGGAGCUCAAGUUUAAAAUCCUGGUAAAAGGGAAGAAGGAGCGCGUGGUAGAGGAGUGCUCGUCCAGCUCUUCAGACCUCAGCUCCUCAGACGAGGAGGCCAGCUGCGCCGAAGGCAAACCCAGGAGAAAGAAAGAGGAAAAUAAGCCAGGUGCGUCUAAGCUGAGUCCAGAGCUGUCGGAGCUGGUGGUGUACACCCAAAGUGUUCCCUUCAAAAGCUUUGAACAAGCAGCCAAAAACCCAGCAACUGACAUGUCCUCUUUCUCUGAGAGCGACGCGCUCAGAUACAUCAAGGACUCAGGGAUGUAUUUUGUUCGCCACAACAGCCACCAGCUCAGCAGGAUCUACCCCUCAGGCCAGCGUCUCCAGUCCUCCAACUACAACCCUCAGGAGAUGUGGAACGGUGGCUGUCAGAUUGUUGCUUUGAAUUUUCAGACACCUGGUGAGCAGAUGGACCUAAACCAUGGCAGGUUCCUGCAGAAUGGUCAGUGUGGGUACAUCCUGAAGCCUCCAUUCAUGUGCCGGCCGGACACCACCUUCAACCCAGAGAAUGUUGGUGGAGGACCUGCCCAUAGUCCUGUCCUGCUCACUGUUCGGGUUAUUUCAGCUCAGCAGCUUCCUAAACCAGAAUGGGACAAGCCCAGCUCCAUUGUGGACCCUCAGGUGUGGGUAGAGAUACAUGGUGUUCCCAUCGACAACAUUAAGAAGAAAACUCAUCAUGUCGACAACAAUGGCUUCAACCCGCGGUGGGACUGUACCUUUAACUUUACCGUCCAUGUCCCUGACCUGGCUCUGGUUCGUUUCAUGGUGGAGGACCAUGACUAUACCUCAAGCAAUGACUUCCUGGGACAGUACACCCUGCCUUUCACAAGUCUCCGUACAGGUUAUCGCCAUGUUCGGCUGCUUAAGGUGGAUGGCUCCAGCCUUUCGCCUUCCUCACUCUUCAUCCACAUUAAGGUCACUCCGUGUCAGAGCAGUCCCUCGAAAUCACCGGCCAAGUCUUCAGCCAAGAAACCCUAAUCCCAUCUCUGAAGCAUGGAAGCCACCAUGGGAAGAUCCCCAGGACAUAUCUGCCCGCAAUAGAAGACCUAAUUCAUAAACUUAAAGGUUAUAUCAUUGUCGACCUUGCAGCUAUAUCCCCACUCUGUCCACAUUUUAUGGAAGAGAACUGUGUUGUUACAGACAUGCAAACAGUAAAACUGACCAGUAUUUUCAACGUAUGAAGAAGAAAGAAAACACUGUUCUGAGAUGCGUACAGUAUGUUCAGUUUUGUGAUCCUCCCAAGAGUGUAAACAAAAAAAGGAGAUACAAUCAGGGAGGUAAUUACCAUCAACCCAAAUGUCAAAUUUGGCUGUGGAUGGUAGGUUUAACUGCACUAACCGCAUUCCCUCAAAAACCAAAUCUUCCAGUUACUGUGACUGGUGGAUACCUGAAACCAGAACUGUCUAUUUAAUCCCUCAUUUAAUGGAGGGUUGAUUCUCAGAGCAGGACUUAGUGACAACCCGUCGAACCAGCCUGCAGAAGUCUACAUAUAUCAAUCUACGAGACCAUGACCAAAGUUUGGUGCUAGAGUUUGUCUCUACAUUUUGAGUCUCAAGCUUUCCACAGGAAGGACUUUUUUAACUACAGUAACUUAUUUUUAAAUCUAUUUUAACUAAAUAGUGUAGAAAUGCCUGCUGGCAUGUGAUUCAAACAUUACUUGGGUAGGGUAGAAAGCCUUCAUUAACUUUAUAAAUAGCAUGUGAAGGAGACAUUAACUAUAAAGAAUGCGCUGAUGUGAUAUGUCCAUUAAAAGAACCAUUGGUUGCUGUAGUCAUUAUUGACGUCCAUACUGGCUGUGAAGUGAUCUCUUCCUAAUGUGACUUACUGUAAGUGACAAGAGACAUAAUCACAGUAAAAAAUACAUUUUAAAGUUCAGCUAUGUGGCUUUAGGAGUCUGGAGGCUAUGGUCUACUUCAAACUAAGUGCUUGUUGGAUCAUCAGAAUGGCACCUGAAACUGCGUCCCCCUGCGCAAAUUUUCUUUUCCGAGCACACGCUGCGUUUGUUGGUUGGUUGAGGUUAGGGGUGAAAAUAUCAGGGUAUGCUAGUCAGAGGCAGAACAAUGUGGGAUUUCUUCACCAUCAUCACCAUCAUUUGGGGAAAAACGCAAUAGAAAUGGUCUCUUCUAUUUUUAAGUUACAUAACACAGGUAGGUUAGGAUUUUGGCAUAAACAGCAUUACUAAUCUUGCAGCCUAGUUUUGUUCAGCUAUGUUGGAGUAGUUAUUAUCGGCCUUUUGGAAUGGUAGUUCUAGUAAUUAUAAAACAUUUAGGGCUGGAGCCACGCCCCGCUCUGCCCCUGGUCUGAAACUGCCAUUGUCCCCACUCAUCACCCCAUCUUUGAGUGUUGGCAGUUCAGAACAGCUAUAAAUACUUUAGCUACAAGUCCAGUUUUUCAACUCUUAAAAUUGCAGUAGCGAUCACUCUAUCGUCUUGCCUUGAUGACUAUGAGCUAAACACUUUACAUGGCUGAGGUCAGCUUUUGUAGCCUGAUGAUGCUGAUGCUGUCCCCCUAUCUGCUGCAGCUGAUCAAGGAAGUGUCGGGGGAACCCUCUGAAAGGGAACCCCAUUAGAUUUGUCCGACUUAUAUUGUUGUUGGCUUUAGCUAGCUUUCUUACAGUGAGGGCAUAUUAGGAAAGAUAUGGUCACAGCCAGUACACUGUAAAAACCAAUUCUAAAGGCAGCUGUCUUCAUUAAAUGUUUCUGUUUUAUGUCAAAAUUAAACUUUAAAGUUUAAAAAUAAACUAAAAAAUGUCUACAACUUUUCACUAUUUGGGUGCUUGAAAAUUAAAUAGUUGGAAUUGAAAAUGUUUGAAGUAGAUUAUAAAGAGUAUUUAUAUAUAUAAGAGUUUGCAUUCGACUUAGAGCUGAAACAUUUAAGGAAGACAGUUGUUUGAAAUUAUGGGUUUUCUAAACUUUUUGUUACACUGUACAAACAGGAGCCAUACAUCAACAUACAUGCAAGCAUUGCAUUAAGAUAUUUGAUAAAAAAUUCUAAUCUUCUAAUUUCAAGGAUCACUUUGAAGCUUUCUCUGAAGCUUUUGAGCGCAUCAUACUCUGUGUCCACAUGCAGCCAGGUUACACAGGUAGUGGUAGAACAGGUGUGUACAUGCAGCAGGUCAGUGAUCAGAUUUCACCCCUACCCUGACCUUACUCUUUUAACUUUAUUUUUUAUUCUUUUUUGACAAAAACAAAAUACUAACAGACAUUCAUUCAUAACUAAAAGUCAAUUGUGUUGGUUUUAUUACAAGAAGAAAUAGAACAAAGUUCUCCAAACAGAUAUAAAGUAAAAUAAGAUAAGAUUUCCAGUUUUUCCAGUAUUUUUCACAUUUUUAAGUGGCAUAUCUCAAGGAAGAAGUCAAUUGUUCCAUUAUAUACAUUUCCUGAAUAUCCAUUCAGGGCCUGUUGGAGAUUCUUAGCUCAGCCCUUUCCUGAUUAUUGCUCUUUGCUACAGGUUAACAAUAUUUGUAAUAAAUAUCUGUCCUGCUUUUACAGCCCUGUAUGCAAGUGUCCCAAAUACAUAACACUAAAAUUAAAAUUAAGCCUAGGGCUGACGACUGAUCUGAUCUCUGUUACUUAUCUACCCAGGAAGAGGAAAUAUGAGGACACGCCCUAAAAAUGUGAAAAUGAUGAUUGUGGAACCUUAGCUUACUUUUUUGGGCAGUUGGACUUGGUCCAGCCCCUAAGCUGUUACUUCCCCUGUCAGUAGAAAGCUGAUUAGAAACCUGGUUACCUCAAUACAUGACAGAAAUCCAUCACAUUUUUCUAAUCCCCUACCCUGAUUACUGUAUCAAAGAAUGCAUUUCAGUGCUCGUGUAUCAAGAUACAAAAACUUAAACUUAUCUUUUUAAAACUGUAUUAGGGAUAAUUGGAUUCUACUACAGCUCUAUGUGUCAGUCUGAUGUAGGGUUCAAAUGUGGCAACUUUAACCAACACUAUAUAGCACUAAAAGCCACAUGGAAAAUAAGGAAUUAUAGGAGAUAUGAUGAUGAUGAUGAUGAUGAACGAUCUUGUUUCUGCCUGUCUGACGUGCUGUACGAAUUAGGGGCCCAUUGGCAGGUAAAAGACCAGUGUAUAGGAUUUAGCGGCAUCUAGCGGUGUAGUUGCAGAUUGCAACUAAUUCCCUUCACCCUCCCCUUCCAAGCGUGAAUUUUCACUAAUUGGAAAACAGAAUCAUUCUAAUUUUCAGCUGAUUAUACACUAAUGAAAAAAAUACCCAUGAAUAUUAUGUUUCAUUUCUGCCAAUAGAUUCUCCUAAAUGUUACACACUGGACCUUUAAAUCCCAUCCCAGUACUUUUAUAAUUGUAGCCUAGUGUAUCAUCAUGUUAAACAUACUUUGAAGAGAUGACUUUUUUUGUUAACUGUUUGAUUCACAGUGACUGUAUUUUAGCUUCACUUAAUUUCAGUCUAAUUGUUGUUUCUUUUUAUCAGUAAAUGACUUGAGAGCAAACUAUAUUAUUAAGUAGAUACUAGAGUUUUUAUAUUAGAAAUACAAGUUAUGCAAUUGCAAAAUGACAACGUGCACUAGAUAAAUCUGCUGCCUUAUUGUUAGCUUAUUAGAGGACAUUUAUGCAUAUGCUUCAUAACUGCGAUGAUUUUUCUUUGUUUGUCUUUGUUUACUUUGUGUUUGGGAGAGUCAGCUUCACUGAUGAUCCCAGUGACUGUGACAUGAAGGCUUUAUUAUUGUCAGUGUUUGAACAGAGUAUAAGACAAAUCACUCUACUGUAGGUUAUCAUGUUAAAGAAGAGCUUUUAUACAGUGUUGUUUUUGUUGAUGAGGGUUGUUUGUUGAUUUACACUUGGCAAAUAUGAAUAUUUCAUAUGACGAUAAUCCGACAGAGAAUCUUACGACUUGAAGGAUUUUUUAAUCAAUUAAUCAAACAGCUUCAGAAUAUGUUUGUUAUCAUGAGAAGAAACUUUUCUGUCAGAGGAAUCAGUGUCUGCUUUGUCAGUUUGACAAAACAUAUUAUUAGAAAGCUCUUGUAGAAUUGGCAGAGGCGUGUCCAGAAGGGGGGGCCCUGAAAUCUGAUUGGCCACCCCAUUACCCUUGCCUCUUCCACUCCAUACUCUUUCAGAGGUUGGCUCUCUGUAGUAAAAGUAAACAUACUGGUAUCCUAUGGCACUAUGGCACUGACCUGUCACGCUAUCAUGUCAGGACCAUUUUGGCGAUGGAAAAACUGGCAAGGCCAUUUUCAAACGGAUCCCUUGACCUCUGACCUCAAGAUAUCUGGAUGAAAAUGGGUUUAUGGAUACCCACACGUCAGUUUCCCCUUUGCAGACAUACCCACUUUAUGCUAAUCCCAUACAGUUUUGGCCAAUAACUCCCAGAAAUUGGGAAUGACUGGAAGACUGAGACACAUACUUAAUGCCACCUCUGCGUAAGUCAGAUCCCCCUUGUGCCACCCCAGUCCAAAAAGACUGGACACGCCCCUGUGAAAAAAGUUUUAGAGCCAGUGCCAACACUCAACAGUCUGAAACUAAUCUGACAACACUGCACUUAGUGUCGUGUAUCAGGAGCUGUAAGAACUACAGAUAAGGUUAGAAGACCAAAGUUGUGUUUUUUUAACCGUAGCGAUGAAGACAAAAACUGUAACUGUACAAUUGAAAGCGUUGACAUUGUUGUUGUUUAUUUAUUGUAUCUGAAGUAUUAUAUUUGCUUUUAUGCUGCACCAGCUGUAUACUAAUCAACCUGAUGUUAUUUAUUUAAACAGGUAAUACACCAUGAUAGAAUAGAAAUGCAAUAAAACAUUCUGAAAACA